AAACCAAAUUAGAAGAUCAAAUUGAAAACUUAUUCAUAUUAGAACGAACUAGGGAAGAGGCCCUCCUGAAGCUGGCCGAAAUUGUUUUCUGCCGUUUUAGGGUUUGUGAGGUAAACUAUGGCGACGAACCUCGGCCAGGCAAUAGAAAGCAAGGCUAUGGGUUUUGGCGAAUGCCUUUCUUCUCCCUUGCCGCCUCCACCUAAAAAAGCUAGGGUUGAAAACGAAGCUGAUGAAUUGGAAGUAGCCUACAAGAAGUUCGCAGAAGAGUUUGAACAAAGCGAGGUAACCUCUUUAAUUCAGAGGAUUUAGAGGAGUGAUAAUCUUACACUCGUAAAAUUGAUGGCCCUCAUAAGCCCGNAUAAUUUUGUUCUAGAUUCCAAGUAAAUUAUCGAUUUUGAUUUUGGGUGAUUGGAGUUUGAUAUCCAAAGUUUUCAUCAGGCUAUGGGUUUUGGCGAAUGCCUUUCUUCUCCCUUGCCGCCUCCACCUAAAAAAGCUAGGGUUGAAAACGAAGCUGAUGAAUUGGAAGUAGCCUACAAGAAGUUCGCAGAAGAGUUUGAACAAAGCGAGGGGUUUGAUAUCCAAACUUUUCCGGAUGUCACUAAAUUUAUUGGUGGAAUGAUAAAGGUCCCUUUUGAUCUUGAAGAGAUAUAUUCUGCCGACUUUUGCACUGAAUUAUUUUGCAAAUUUGGAUGCAUUUUCUCCCUCAAAUAUGCUAUUUUCAAAGAGAACCAAAAACAGAAAAAGAAACUCGUCUUGGAUAAGAUUAUCAAGUCAAAUUAUGAAUCAGGUGAUUUGUAUUACACCACCUUCCUGGCUAAAGACCUGGAUACUGGAGAAACCAAAAUUUAUCAGACUAAAGUUUGGUUUCAUCUGCUUAACGCGGAAACCGAAGUUCUCAUAUUUAGAGAGAGAGCAGACCAAGCACUCCAACCGGGGGAGGACACACAGGGUGUUGAUAUGGAAAUCUUUCCAAACCUCCCAGCCCCAGGAGAUGCUCUUCGCUCGGCUAAUCUUGAUAUUAAUGCACGGGGUGAAGAUUCAUAUUAUCGGUGCUUGUGCUAUCUGUCCAUAAAAUUUGCACUAAGAACAAUGGAUGAGAGGGAGAACAAAGAUCGCUUGCUUUGGGAGGUUACUGAGGGGUUUUAUGGGGCAGAUCUAUCAUUUCACACGACCUUCAUUGUGAGAGAUAUGGAUAUGGAUGAUGAGGACAAAACGUACAAGAUAGAGGUGCAUUUCAAUACAAUGAGUGGCGAACUGGAGCUGCGGAGAUUUGAAGCGAUUGUGAAGAAUGCCUAAAUCAGGAACAUCCUAAUUUGUGCUCAGUAGCCUGUUGAAAUUCUAAUUAUCAAGCAAAUGAUGAACUUGCUACGACUAAGUAAGAACUGUGACUGUGUUUGGUUAUGAUGAACUAUGUUUUCCAUUGAUAGGCAGUGUACCUUAAUUAUGAUGACCUUUAACUUAUUUCUAAUGCCCGAUUAAGUUGACAGUGUAGUAACUAUGAAACGUAGUAGUGUAUGUCGGUGCUCUUAUUUCUUUUGUCCUCUCACCCAGAUUAAGUGAGAAUGCAUUUAAUAGUAUCCGAUUUGAACUUGACUGUAAUGGACCGGACGAGACUAGACCUUAAACCAAUUCUGAACCUAAAAAAUAAAUACACAGAGUUUUU